GUGUGCGUGAGACCCCUGGAGCUGUGCCCGGUUGUUAGCGCCGGGCGGGGCAACCUGAGAAAGAACCUGAGGAGAGGCCGGAAGCUCUCGGAAGUCAGGUGUUUCCCUGGCGGUGAGAGUGAUUGGUUUGGAAGGACGUGAAUGAUGCUGAGGUGACUGCUGAACUGUCUGGGCAGGAUUGAGAGUCCAGGGUAAGCCCCUGUGACCUGUGCACCCCUUUGGAGAGGAGAAGAAAGAGAGGCCUGCUUUCCCUGGAAUCCGGUGGUCAGAUCCCUACCUGGAGCCUUGAAUGCCCACCUCAGGUGUCAGCAUGGAGUUCUGAAGUCCAUGUGGUUCCUCACAGUGAACCAGGUCUUAAGGAAAAUGCAGAGACGCCACAGCAGCAACACGGAUAACGUUCCACCUGAAAGAAAUCGCAGCCAAGCGCUCAGCUCCGAGGCGAGUGUGGAUGAAGGCGGCGUCUUUGAAAGUCUGAAGGCAGAAGCAGCCUCCCCACCAGCACUCUUCUCAGGCUUAUCUGGCCUCCCGGCAGGCAGCCUCCCUACCACCCCAUUCCCCUCCAGCCUGGUGCUGGGGGCCUCGGCUGGCAAAGGGGACGUGUUCCUCCAGAUGCCCGCGUCCAGGGAGGAAGGCGGGGGCCGAGGCGAGGGGGGCACCUACCACCACCGCCAGCCCCACCACCACUUCCACCACAGCGGCCACCGAGGGGGCUCCCUGCUGCAGCACGUGGGCGGGGACCACCGUGCACACUCAGACGACGGGGGUGAUGAGCAGCCAGGGACACCAGCCCCAGCCCUGUCUGAGCUGAAGGCUGUGAUCUGCUGGCUCCAGAAAGGGCUGCCCUUCAUCCUGAUCCUCCUGGCCAAAGUGUGCUUCCAGCAUAAGCUCGGCAUUGCUGUGUGCAUUGGGAUGGCCAGCACCUUCGCCUAUGCCAACUCCACACUCCGGGAACAGGUCUCUCUAAAGGAGAAGAGGUCGGUGCUGGUCAUCUUGUGGAUCCUGGCUUUUCUGGCAGGGAACACCCUCUAUGUGCUCUACACGUUCAGUUCCCAGCAGCUGUACAACAGCCUCAUAUUCCUGAAGCCCAACCUGGAGACGCUGGACUUCUUUGACCUGCUGUGGAUCGUGGGGAUUGCAGACUUUGUGCUGAAGUACAUCACCAUCGCCCUCAAGUGCCUUGUCGUGGCUCUGCCCAAGAUCAUCCUGGCCGUCAAGUCCAAGGGAAAGUUCUAUCUGGUCAUCGAGGAGUUGAGCCAGCUGUUCCGAUCACUUGUUCCCAUCCAGCUGUGGUAUAAAUACAUCAUGGGUGAUGACACCUCCAACAGCUACUUCCUGGGAGGGGUCCUGAUCAUUCUCUACAGCCUCUGCAAGUCAUUCGAUAUCUGUGGCCGCUUGGGUGGUGUUAGGAAAGCCCUGAAGCUUCUCUGCACCUCUCAGAAUUACGGAGUCCGGGCCACUGGACAGCAGUGCACAGAAGCUGGUGAUAUCUGUGCCAUCUGCCAGGCCGAGUUCCGAGAGCCUCUGAUCCUUAUGUGUCAGCACGUGUUCUGUGAGGAGUGCCUCUGCCUCUGGCUGGAUCGAGAGCGCACCUGCCCACUCUGCCGCUCGGUUGCCGUGGAUACUCUACGCUGCUGGAAGGAUGGGGCCACCUCGGCACACUUCCAGGUGUACUAGGGCUGACGACUGUGCCAUCAACUAGGGACCCCUGCACACCAGGGAGGUCACGGAGGUUCAGCGGUGUUGGGUCCGACUCUGGGGACUUCCUGGAACAAAAGCCUCAAGCACGAACUGUCCCUCCCCCUGCCUCAUUCCAUCUUUUCCCCUAAAGCCAGGCUGCUAUCCUGCCUGUCUUCACCUUCCUCUCUCAUUCUGUUCGUGUUUUCUUCAUCCUUCCUCUACACAUGGGGAAGCCGUCUCACUCAGACUUAUAUCCACCUUCCCUCCACAUCAAGGAACUAGUGACAGACCGAGUACCAGACAGCCUGUGGUGACCUAAUACCUGAUGCUGCAAAUGAGGGAGCCCUGGGGAUACUGCUUCCCCCCAAAUGGCCCAGGUCCACAGAGAAGAAUCACUGUGAAGUAUUUUCCAAGUACAAAUGCUGAGCCCCACCUUAUACCUAAAUAACCUAGUGGACCAGACAGUGUAAACCAGGCAUAGCAUCAAGCCUCCUGCCUCGACGGCCUCCUGUAAUCCUCUCAGCAGCCCUAUGUGGAAGUACUGUGUGUUUUCCAUUUCACAGAUAAGGAAACUGAGGCUCAUGGCAAGCAGUGAUGAACCGAGUUUCCAACCCAGGCGUGUCCGGCUUCAGAGCCUGACUCUUAACCAUAUGCUCACCAGCUGCUCAGACACUGCAGGCAUGGGUUUUUUUUUUUUAAAGCACAAGAGGUAAUUCCGAUGCCCAUCAAUGCCUCGGGUGCAUAGCCUGGGCGAUUAGACUGCACUGAGAGUGUUGCUCUAAGUGAACACUAGCUCCUGAAAUCUAGUUGUGGCUGGGUCCAUGGAAAGACAUGGGCCUUAAAAUCGCUCUUUUGCUGGUCUCUGACUGGGAUGCUCAACCAUGAUUGGGUAUCAAGAAAGGCUAGUUCUGGUCCAGAUGCAUCACUGGGUGUCCACUUCCAUCUUUAUUUCUCUCCUCCCUCUUUUGCCCUCCCCCUCACUUAAGUCUCAGGCUUGUCAGCAGCUCCUGUGGCCAUUGCCUUCUCGCCUGGUGGCCUUCAGAGCAAAAGGCAUGAUCCAUGUUAUGGAUUUUUCCACAAGCCAGGGUGGUGGUUUGGAGCACAGCAGCCAACAGUGUUUCUGGUGUCUCUAUACCAGAGCUGCUAAUCUAACACGACAACUUCUCCAUCCGUGAGACCCUCCCUGUUCUGAAAUCUGGGAGGAGAUGGCACAGGGGAUCCCUUAGAAAACACUGGAACCUGCCCUACCUCUCUCCCAACUCUAUUCUCUCAUUGUCAACCCUAGCACAACAGGCUAGUGCCAACGGCAUUACAGAGAAAGCAAUCCAUAAUGAGCAGAUUAGCAAGAAAGCCCCAGGAGAAAUGGAAGGAGGCUUGCUGCCCCCUCACUCUUAGCCAGUAUUCACAUGCCCACCCCACCCCCAAGAGAUGCAGGACAUCCCCACCACCACCACCACCCUGUGUGCUCUCAAGCCAGGACCUUUUCCUUUGCCUGAUAUCCCUAGCUCUUUCCUGGUACCCAGCAAGACAUCCCUUCCAGGGCAGCAUGGCAUCUUUCAAGCUCUGUUACUAUGGCAAUGGCUGGGAUGUUACAAUCCCACUUGUCUGGAUAAUCAAGUCGGAAGGGGAAGCGGAGGGAAAUGGGGCCAGACAGAUUCAGACUGUUCUGUUCCCCCCGCCUUAAGGAAGGACUGAAGGGAAGCAACAGGAGCUUCUGCAACUGGUUUUUAUCAGAAAGAUCGCCCUGCCUGCAGAUGCCAUCAAAGAAGCAUGAGAAAUUGCAGCUGGAGAAGACUUAUUAAAAUGCCAGUAUGUGACAGAGCAGAAAGAGCAGUCCGUUGGGAUUCAGGUCUGGAAUUCUGAUUCCAAACUCUGCAGGAUUUUGGGAAGUCCCUUCACCUCCCUAUAGCCAUCUCCAGGGUGACAAACCCUAGUGUAUUAUCUACUGGAACCAGGGAAACUAACAAUGUAGAUUACUGGUGAAUACCUGGACCGUUUUGUCAAUUACACUCAUGCUACCAAAAAAAAAAAAUCUCUAACAUUCUGCAAAUAACAAGCCAUGCCUCUGAUGCUAUAAAGAGUGUCACAUGUGGGGAAACACUCAUGGGCAGGUGGGAUGAUUUCAUUUAGGAUUUUAUUUAUUCAUUCCCUACCCAUUGGGGGAAUGUCACAUCUGGAGGUUUUCUUUUGGGUGGGAGGAUUUACCUUCUGCUCUAGGGAGGAACAGUGGCAGGUGAAAGAGGUUUCCAAACAUCAGGCAGUGUGUAUUCCCCAACACAAGUUUUUGGUAAAGGCAGCCAAGAGUCACUGUUGGAAAGGAAGAACAGUCCCACUCUCUUUUACCCUUGUUAGCUUUGCAAUUCAUUUAUUAGAAGCAGAAUUGGGUGUCAGAUCAGAGAAUCCUACUCUUAAUAUUUUAUGAUUCACUGAUUCAAGUUUGUUCCAUGAAGUUCUUAGGAAUGGCCCUCCUAAUGUAAAAGAUCUUGAGCAUAAUGAAUAUGAGAGAUAAAACAGCAAGCUUUGGACGCAGCUGUAACAGGAUCAUCACCUUCUUAAGGGGAGUGUGUGAGAGGUAUUGGGAGACUCCCAGGCAGCCAGGAUUUGGGGUGGAUAAGAGGAAAUGUAAGGCAAGUCCUGGAAUCUUUUCGUACUUUUGCUAUGGGCCGAGCAGAGCUGCCUUUGGUGUUUUUAAUGUCCCCGUAGGUUCCAUUCUGCCAAUAAAUACAAUCUGUCCAUGAAACUUA